AUGGAGAGGGCGAGCCCGGCGGCGGGGAAGCUGAACGCCGGCGGCCGCGGGGCGGGCGAUGGGCACGGCCCCGCGGGGGGAGCCCAGCCGCGGGCGGCGGCGACGGGCAGCGCCGAGCCGGGCGAGCUGAUCGGGCGGGCGCUGGAUUUCAAGAGCGAAGGGGCGCAGUGCUACAAGGACAAGAAAUUCCGGGAGGCCAUCGGCAAGUACCACCGCGCCCUGCUGGAGCUGAAGGCGCUGCUGCUGAGCCAGGAGCCGGCCGGGCAGCGCCCUGCCGCCGCCGCCGCCGCCGCGGGGCUGAGCGAGGAGCAGCGGCGGGCGGUGGAGGCCAUCGAGGUUGACUGCUACAACAGCCUGGCAGCCUGCCUGCUCCAGGCCGAGCUGGUGAAUUACGAGCGAGUCAAGGAGUACUGCCUCAAAGUGCUCCAGAAGGAAGGCGAGAACUUCAAGGCGCUCUAUCGCUCGGGAGUGGCCUUUUACCACCUGGGUGACUUCAACAAGGCCCUCUACUACCUGAAAGAGGCAAGAUCCCGCCAGCCAACAGACACCAAUGUCAUACGAUAUAUCCAGCUGACAGAGAUGAAGCUCAGCAGAUGUUCCCAGAGAGAGAAAGAAGCCUUGUGAAAAUGAAGACACUUCAGCUGAAGUGCCCAAGGGGGAACAUUUCCUUCCUAGAAGCCCAUUUGGUGGAUUUUCCUGUUUGCUCUGCCUCAUCCUCAUCUCCUCAUCUAUCCACUCUCCCUUGCUCUUCAUUGAAUCCCAGUUUUGAAAAAAAGAGACUCAGAUGCUGGAUAUGGCUGCUUGCCAACCAUGGUAACACCCCUUCCCUGUGGCAGGAGAGCACAAUGGCUACAGCCAGCCUUGUUCCAAGACAGUGUCACACACCUGGAGUAAGCAAUGCAGGGGGACCUUUCUAGUCCUGAGCUGCCUGCCUAUUGCCCUUAGGGAAGCAACCCCCAGGAAAAACAACUUCCUGACCAGGCAAGUUGGAGACAGUUUCUGCUCUGAGAGGUCACUGGAGCUUGGAAGAGCUGAGAAACCAAGAGAGCCGCUGGUCUUUUCACAGGGGACAGCAAAUGCCUUUUUACCAUCAGUUCCCUCUGCCUGCUUCUCCAGUGUGUGUUAUCAGUCUCCAGUGAGAGCUCACAUGCUCCCAGGCUAAUGCCAGUGAAAACUGUUUCUAAACAUCCUCUUAAUGAAAGCACAGAGCACCCUACAAACCCCCUGCAGAGCUGUCCUGGUGCUGGAGGAGAAGGCUGUGGGCUACCACAGAAUGCUGGAUGGACUGUAAAAGCAUGGUGUACAGAAGGAAAAACUGAAAUAAUUCAUUAAAAGCAAAUAAAAAUUAUUAAUAGGCAACAAGUCCAGGCAUUGCUUUUCAAAGGCACCUCUUGGGUUCCCCGUGUCCAUAUGGGCAACAUUGUCUAGUGGGGGGCAGCAUGGCUGGGGGGGCAUCUCCAUUCUUAUCUUGGCUCUGCCAAUGCCUUGCUGUGUGGUCUUGGGCAGGUCACUUAGCCUCUCUGUGCCUCACUUUCCCCACCUGUAUCCAGGGAUAAUAAUACUUCCCUACCUCGCAGGGGUGUUGUGAGGAUUUAUUAGUUAAUGUUUGUAAGUAACAGUACAGUGAUGUACAGUGCUAGUAUUAUUAGUACAUUGGAUUGAGGUCUUGAUUCUCCCAC